UCUUCCUUUGAAGUGUCCACACAGGAUGGUGUGUGUGUGUGAGGUGUGUGGCGGGUGAGUUUCCCGCAAAUGUGGAGUGGGUUCUCCUGGCCGCCCUGGCACCUCCGCUAAGACUGGCCGGGGCGUGUGGGCAGAGGCCCUUGGUGGAGAGCCCGGAGUUUGGCCGGCGCGGGGUGGAGGCUCCUUCCUUGUGACCACUGCUGAAGGGCUAGCGGCGGCUCCCUGGGAACUGGCGCUGGGGUUGGACGUCUCUCCCGGGCAGGAGCUGUCGGCUCCUCGCCUCCACCCCGGUGGGCAGAGACUGACCACGACCUCGUGGAAGGAAGCUCUCCUCCCACCUCGCCUCCCAGGAGUGAGCCAUGGAGCUACGUGUGGGGAACAAGUACCGCCUGGGCCGGAAGAUCGGGAGCGGGUCCUUCGGAGACAUCUACCUAGGUGCCAAUAUCGCCUCUGGUGAAGAAGUUGCCAUCAAGCUGGAGUGUGUGAAGACGAAGCACCCCCAGCUGCACAUCGAGAGCAAAUUCUACAAGAUGAUGCAGGGGGGAGUGGGGAUCCCAUCCAUCAAGUGGUGCGGGGCUGAGGGGGACUACAACGUGAUGGUCAUGGAGCUGCUGGGGCCCAGCCUCGAGGACCUCUUCAACUUCUGCUCCCGCAAGUUCAGCCUCAAGACCGUGCUGCUCCUGGCUGACCAGAUGAUCAGCCGCAUUGAGUACAUCCACUCCAAGAACUUCAUCCACCGGGACGUUAAGCCCGACAAUUUCCUCAUGGGGCUGGGGAAGAAGGGCAACUUGGUGUAUAUCAUUGACUUCGGCCUGGCCAAGAAGUACCGGGACGCCCGCACCCACCAGCACAUCCCCUACCGGGAAAACAAGAACUUGACUGGCACUGCCCGCUACGCCUCCAUCAACACCCACCUGGGCAUCGAACAAAGCCGUCGAGACGACCUGGAGAGUCUGGGCUACGUUCUCAUGUACUUCAACCUGGGCUCCCUGCCCUGGCAGGGCCUCAAAGCGGCCACCAAGCGCCAGAAGUAUGAGCGGAUCAGCGAGAAGAAGAUGUCCACGCCCAUCGAGGUCCUCUGCAAAGGCUACCCCUCCGAGUUCUCCACAUACCUCAACUUCUGCCGUUCACUGCGGUUUGACGACAAGCCCGACUACUCCUACCUGCGCCAGCUCUUCCGCAACCUCUUCCACCGGCAGGGCUUCUCCUACGACUACGUCUUCGACUGGAACAUGCUCAAAUUCAUGCGGCCCCCCUCAUGCCAGCCCCCCGCCCUUCCCUGUGGACGACCCCAGGACCAACUAGGGUGCAGCCCGAAACCCCGAGGACGUGGACCGGGAGCGGCGAGAACACGAGCGAGAGGAGAGGAUGGGGCAGCUCCGGGGGUCGGCGACCCGGGCCCUGCCCCCUGGCCCGCCCACGGGGGCCACCGCCAACCGGCUCCGCAGUGCAGCCGAGCCUGUGGCUUCCACCCCUGCCUCCCGCAUCCAGCAAGCUGGCAAUACUUCUCCCAGAGCGAUCUCGCGGGUCGACAGAGAGAGGAAGGUGAGCAUGAGGCUACACAGGGGCGCGCCCGCCAAUGUCUCAUCCUCCGACCUCACUGGGCGGCAAGAGGUCUCCCGGAUUUCAGCCUCACAGACAAGCGUGCCAUUUGACCACCUCGGAAAGUGAGGAGGAGCCCCCAUCGGACCAGUAUUUGCUUAGUGUCUUCACUGUAUUUUCUUUAAAAAAAAAAACAACAAAAAGAUGGGGAAAAGAAACCACUCAAAAGAACAAAAAGAAAAAAACCCAGCACAAAACCAACGAUGGAUUCUGUUUCGAAUUUUUUUUAUUUUUAUUUUUUUUUAUUUGCCGAUGGCAAGAAGAUGGGAUACCCUCGGCACAGAGAAUCCUGUCCCUUCACGUUCCCCGCCGCCCACAACCUUCAGGCUGCCAGAGGCUCCCAGAUACCAGGCUACACUCACCGGAUGCCACGGCCCCACCCAGCCGCCUCGUGACUUGGCCGGGAGGGACAUUUCCGCACUGGAGCUGCAGCGGGUCCUCACGGGUCCUCGGGAGGUGGCCCGAGGCGCUGGGGGAAUGGAUCGGCUGGUCAGAGGCAGGUCCUGCUGGGUGUUCGUGAGCCUGGGGACCUUAGGAGAUCAGUGCAGGCCCCACCACCCCGAGAUGAAGGUCACCAACUUUCUGUGUUGGGCGUUCGCCAGUGCCUCCGUGAGCGUAAGGGUCCCUUCUCUGCCUCCCCACAGAGACCUUGAGGAGUGGGGUGGUGAGGCGGUGGGGCUGAGAGUCCUUGUGGGCGUGUGUAUGUAUCUGACCUCUGUCUCCCAGGACAGCAGCUGUCCCGCCCGCCUGCCAGGCUGACUUUUCUCAUGCCCCUGACAAGGACACGGGGGUGGGUGGUGACCUCCAUGUUCCUCAAGAAGGGCACAGACGGUCCUUGCCACCACCGACCCCUGAGACUGUCCUCAGCCUGUGGUCCCGCUUUUCUGGUGUUGGGGCAGAAUCCGUGGAGACUACUUCCAGAAAGCAUCUGGCUCCUGGGUUAAGAAUUAAUUCCCUGGUUCUGACACUCACCUGGGUUCCCCCUUCCCAGUGUUCUGUCUCUGUCAGGAGGAGCCUGGGGUUCAGGGCUGGGCACUGGAUUUAUCCAUCCCACCUAGUUAACCCUUUUUACUUUAUUUUUGUUUUUUUUUUGUUUUUUUUUUCCGUGUGUGUAUUUCCUAAUUUAUUUACCUCCGUUUCCCCUUUUAUUCUUUCUUCUUUUUUUUAAUUAAAGAGCAAAGCUUUUUAUUACUUUGUAAUUUAAAAAACUGAAAAAAAAAAAUACCGAAGAACUUUGGGGGGAAUUUUGUACUUUUUUCCUGUGUAAAUAUUGGACUUUUUUGAGCUUUAUUGUGGUUGUUAAUUUGAAGUAAUAAAGUAGAAAAGGAUAAAGUGACCUGGGAAGCCCUUGGUGCACCUCUUUGCUCUGGGGGCUUCUCCCCAGCAGACCUGGCAAACUGGGUGUGGCUGGGGGCACUGGAGCAGUGCUUGCUACCUCCUUGGGGCUGUUUCAACCCUUUGCUUCAAAAUCAACACACAGGGACGUUCCUGGUGGUGCAGUGGUUAGAAUCUGCCUUGCAUGGGCUUCCGUGGUGGCUUAGUGAUCAAGAGUCAGCCUGCCAAUGCAGGAAGCACAGGUUUGACCCCUGGUUCUGGGAAGAUCUCACAUACCGGAGGAGCGACUUAAACCCGUGAGCCACAGUUGUCGGGCCUGUGCUCUAGAGCCCAGGGCUGCCACUCUUGAGGCCUGCACACCUAUAGAGCCCGUGCACUACAGCAAGAGAAGCCACCGCGAUGAGAACCCUGCCCACCACGACCAGGGAAAAGCCCCAGCAGCAGUGAAAACCCAGCACGGCCAAUAGGUGAAUAAAUAAAAUCCGCCUGGCAAUGCAGGGGACACAGGAUCAAUCCCUGGUUAGGGAACUAAGAUCCCGCAUGCCACGGAGCCGAAAAGACUGAAACCCAUGUGCUCGGGAUCCUGUACGCCACAACUUGGGAGUUCGUGCACUGCGUGAAAGAUCCUGCGUACUGCAACUAAGCCCCGACACAGCCUGUCAAGUCAGUUCAGUCACUCAGUCGUGUCCAACUCUGCAACCCCAUGGACUGCAGCACGCCAGCCUUCCCUGUCCAUCACCAACUCCUGGAGCUUGCUCGAACUCAUGUCCAUCGAGUCAAUGAUGCCAUCCAACCAUCUCAUCCUUUAUCAUCCCCUUUUCCUCGUGCCUUCAGCCUUUCCCAGCAUCAGGGUCUUUUCCAGAGAGUCAGUUCUUCACAUCAGGUGGCCAAAAGUAUUGGAGCCUCAGCUUCAGCAGCGGUCCUUCCAAUGAAUAUUCGGGACUGAUCUCCUUUAGGAUGGACUGGUUGGAUCUCCUUGCAGUCCAAGGGACUCUCAAGAGUCUUCUCCACCACCACAGUUCAAAAGCAUCAAUUCUUCGGCACUCAGCUUUCUUUAUAGUCCAACUCUCACAUCCAUACAUGACUACAGGAAAAACCAUAGCUUUGACUACAUGGACCUUUGUUGGCAAAGUGAUGUCUCUGCUUUUCAAUAUGCUGUCUAGGUUGGUCAUAGCUUUUCUUCCAAGGAGCAAGGGUCUUUUAAUUUCAUGGCUACAGUUAACCAUCUGCAGUGAUUUGGAGCCCCCCCAAAAUAAAAUCUGUCACCAUUUC